AACAGUACAGGGAUGACCAGAGACUGCGGACACAGUACAGGGAUGACCAGAGACUGCGGACACAGUACAGGGAUGACCAGAGACUGCGGACACAGUACAGGGAUGACCAGAGACUGCGGACACAGUACAGGGAUGACCAGAGACUGCGGACAGUAGUACAGGGAUGACCAGAGACUGCAGACACAGUACAGGGAUGACCAGAGACUGCGGACAGUACAGGGAUGACCAGAGACUGCGGACACAGUACAGGGAUGACCAGAGACUGCG